AAUCCCUUCAUUGUUUAAACUUUAGUAAACUAAAUACAAUUCAGAGUCUAAAGAAACUAACUUGAAGGCAAGAUGAAGUUGGUUAUGUUGUUCACGAUUGUUUGUUCUUCACUGGUUCGUGGCAAUACUAUAAGUCAAGAAAACAGCGCAAAUUUUGACAAUGAGCUUAAUGCAAGCCAGGAAGAAUUAAUGAACAUUGAUUCACUUUCAAAUGCAACCAAACGAUCUAAUGGUUUAUCUUAUUCAUACAACAUGGGAACAAGUGAUGUUAACAAAAAUGGGCCUAACUAUUGGAGAAAAUUUAAUGUUCAGUGUGAUGGCAAUUUUCAAUCACCAAUAAAUAUUAUUAAAAACAGAAAGUCUGUUAAAGGAAAACUCAGAAAUCAGGCUACAAGAAUCAAAAUAACUUUUCCUGGAGAGUCUUCCUCUACCUUGAAAAAUAAUGGGCACACUCUGCAAUUGUCAAUUGGAAAAAAUAAACCCAAAUUGGUUGCUUUUGAUUCAAGUACUUCAAAAGAGUACAACUUACAACAGAUUCAUUUUCAUUUCGGAUGCAAUUUAGAAGAAGAAAGAAAAACAGGUUCUGAACAUCGUAUUGACGGAAAAGCGUUUGAUUUGGAGGUGCACUUUGUUUUCCAAGACAAUACUGGAGUGCUUUCUGUUGUUGGUGUUCUUUUUAACGAACAAAUACCAAGCAAUGAAAUAAAUAAUGAUUUUGAAUCUCCUGCUUAUCUGUUGCUAUCAAAAAAAGAAAAAUUUCAAUCCUCAAAUGAUAUAUUAAAAAGCCUCCUACCCGAGGAUAUUUAUGGUGAAUCAGGAACUAACAACUACUUUUCUUACAGAGGUUCUUUAACAACUCCUCCUUGUACUGAGGGGGUGCACUGGAAUGUUAUAGCUGAUCCUAAACCGGUUCAACAAGACUUUAUGAACUAUCUUCGAAAACUACAGUCUGACACGAAUCAUGAAGCUAAUGGCCUUCUGUGUGAUAACAGCAGACCUAUUCAAGACUAUCAACACACAGUUUAUUAUAAAUAUGAAAAAUGAAGAUUAGCUAAAAGAUGAGUUACGAGAAGUAACUUUCCUAAAGACCUACCGGAGGAGUUUUCUCGAAUAUUAUUAUUUGUAGAAAAGAAAAAAAAAUAUUAUUAUAAAAUGAUAUGUUGGUAUAUAAAAAUAUAUUUUUUACAAAUA